CUCCACAGACGCACCGUUCACUCUUUUUACGCCGUGCAGCCCAGAAAGAGAGACGUCCAGAAGCAGCUGCAGAAAGUCCUGACUCCGCCCAAGCGCUCGGCCACGCCCACUCCAUUUCAGUGUGUGUUCCUCAGAGAAGUGUUCGAGUUGUGUAACUAUGUGGAUCGCAGUCAGCUAACCGCUAAUCUGGGAGGAUAUUUUAUCUACAACCAUGAGAGCUGGGUCUCCUUCAUCAAGGAGAUGGACAGUUUUGUGCAGGACUUUGUGUGUGGUGAGGAAGUUGCGGUGUGUAUUGGAAAAGUUUCGUCAUCCCGAGAAGGUCCCGUGUUACCAGGACAUGGUGGGAACAGUUCUCUUCACACACACCGCUCUGGAGAUGCUGCAGAACUAUGACAGGAUCCAGGCAGCAGUGGAGAAGGUGGACUUGUUGUGGAGGCAUGUUUUUUCCAGCACUUCUCUCAGUCUUCAUGUCCUCCAGCUUCAGAGAGACACACAACAGUGUGUUGUGUCUCAGGUGGUGUGUGAGAUGGAGCAGGUGAUGCAGAAGAUGCAGAAGUUUACACCUGAGAACCUCAGAGACGCAGACCGAGCCGAGACUUUGCGUUUGGACUUCAGCACAUCCGUCUACACGCAGGCCGAGGCACUGGUGCGUCGUGCCGAGGAGAUGUUGAACACCGUGUCAGAGAUGGACGUGUUCAGACAGAGAGGUGAAGAACAUCGGUGGAUCAGCGAGCUGGAGAGAUGGACAGAUCAGCUCCGAGCACUGAUGCUGAUUCAGAGCAGGAACCUGAAGAGCAUCUGCACCUUCCAUCACUCCUACCAUACAAUCCAGUGCUGGUACCAUGCAGCGGUGUGUGAGAACUUCCUCCAGGACCUGCUAUGGAGAACCUGCUCGAACACACAGGACCCUGAGGAGAGUUCUCCCUCGCACCAGAGUGACGUCUUCUGUGUGAUCCAGGAGUUUCUCAGGUUGCAUCCUCCUCCUGAAGCGGAUGAGCUAAUGCAGCUAGCACAGCUGUCUCAUCUCAUACCUGAUGCACAUCUGGAGGGUUCAGGAAAGCAGCUUGUGCAGAGGUGCACGAAGUUACGCAGGCUGUUGCUCGCUCCUGCUUCCGCGACCUUCCGUGACCUUCAGCAGGUCCUGCAGUGGCAGUACGAGUGUCUGAAGUACAGAAAUAAAGCUGCAGGUUCAGCUUGUGAACUUUAUCCUGGAAGCAACGUGUGUGUUCAGAGUGUUCCUCCAGACUCUGACGUCUUGCUGAAGCGUGGUGCUGAUGAUCCUCCUGUUCUUCAGCCUGGAGUGAAGCCACCUUCUCUCAGCUCCUUUGAUUCUGGUUUUGAUGGAGCAGGACAUCUUGAAGCAGGGUUUGGGAAAACAUACCAAGAUGAACCAUCCAGACCAAAAUCUACUCAUCUCCAUGUCCGUGAGGAGAACGUCUCCAGCCUAUCUCUUGGAGCUCCAAGUAUCUGCAUUGUUCCAAAUGCCAGUGGAAAGACGGUAAACCUGGAGAUCACAGUGAAACGCUCCGCCACGCUUCCUAAAAACCCCUGGCUGAGUCUUCCUGUAGAUGAUCUGGAGAAUUGCUACACGGUGAUCAUCUCUCCAAGCCAGAAGACCACCAGAAACUGUGAUCAGUUAACACAGACCACCGAGACGAGCCUGUGCGAGCUUCAGGAUCAGACCACUGACUGGAGCCCCAUCCGCAACGUUCUCUCAAGCACCGUGACUGAUGGAGGGCAUGAAGCUGAAACAUCGGAGAACGUGCCCACGCUUCUGUGGGACUCGUAUGACCUCCGUGACCUUGGGCAUGACUCAGAUAGCAUGUUGCUUGGAGAUCCAGAGUGUGAGUGGGAAAUAAAAGAGCAGAACAAGCUGAGAGCUGUGGAGGAGACACUGAGCAGAGCAGCUGGAAUCCUGCAGGAGGAGGAGAGUGUUCUUGAUCAGGAGGAGAUCCUGGAUGUCCUACUGGAAACAGAUAAUCCAGAAAGAUUGUGGCCUUCAUGGAGCAAAGCUUGCCAGUUUACACAGAUGUCCUCCAGCGAGUUUGCUGAAGCAGGUGUGAUGGGAUUGGAGGAAGAUCUCGCCUCUCUUCAUUUUGGAUCUCGUGGUGAUUUGUCUCCGGAAAGUUCAGGAGUUCUUCAGAGUGGUAGUGAUACUCCAUCAGAAACAGGGUCUGACUCACUGAUUCAUCUUGAACUAGGAAAUGGAGGUCCUGAGAGAACUGGGCUUUUGAAGGAGAUAGAAAAUUUGAAGGUCUUGGAGGAAAAGAUUCUUGAGGAGAACCUGAAAAUCGGGGAGCUGCGUUGCUGUAUAUCUGAAGAAAGAAUGUCCCCCCAGAGCCUCAGUGAGGACCGCAGGAGGUUCCUUGAGAAACUGGAGCAGGAGAAGCAGGAGGUGGAGGAGAUGGAGAGGAACCUAAGCAAGGACUUGAAGAAAAGCAAAUUGAAACGUUCGAGCAGAAGUCAGAAGAUAGUCAUGUGUUCCGUUAUGGGGAAAGCUUCAGUGUUGAAGGAGGAUGAGGUUCUUCUGGUGAACUGUAGAAGGUCGACACAUGAGGCACUAAAUAAUCAGCAGGCAUGUUUAGAAGAACCCACCAAUCCAGUUGUAGACGAUCAUGCUCCUCACAAAUCCUCAGAUCCAGGAUUAUCGGUAAGUUCUAAAUGUUCUAAUGUAGCUGCAGAUUCUUCAACUAGUGACGCACGUUUAUCUUCUCAGGAUCAGCAGAAUACUGACUCUAAUGCACCAUUCAUGUUCAUGCCGUCUCUCAUGAGUGGUGGAUGUUCUGUUGAGACAAAAGAACAGUCAGAGUGGGUUUCUUCAGCCACAGAUAUUUCUAAUGCUCAGAGUUCUGCUAAUGGAAAACCAAAAGAUCUAUUGGAUCCUCCUGAUCUCAGUAAAGAAAAACCGAUGCACUCUGAUCCUUCAGAGAACUUUGAAAUAUCUGAAAGGUGUCCUGAAGUUCACCAGGUGGAAACUUUAACAUCAGAGGAAACAAGUCCUGCAUUUGAUCCUGGUGGUCUAACCCCACUUCCUCGAUCUUCUCCAAUAAACCAGACUUCUUUGGCAUUGAUUGUUGGCCCAAAACCAAAAGAAUGCAAGAAUCCACUAUGGAGAAGGUCACAGGUAGAGCAUCACCAAAAUAACAACAAUAACAACCUUCACACUCUGGACCAUGGUGCUGGUUCAGACGAGGUAUCUGAAGAACCUGUGAGCUGUGAAUGUUUAAAGAGAUCUAAAGAUCAAAACCCAGAGGUCUGGUGUGAGAGUUUGAACAACGAGGUGGAUCGUUAUGCUGAUGGUGCCUUCACGAGACGUGUCUGUAGAUCUCCGCUCCAGCAACAGUUUCAGAUCUGCGCUAGAGAGAUGAGUGAUUAUCAGACCCCUGUGGUGCUGGACACCGGGUCCAGUUUGGUGAAAGCAGGAUUUUCGGACCAGGACCUUCCCACCUCCAUCUUCCCCACCGCCAUCGGCCUGCCCAAAUACGAGGAGGUGAUGAGUGGGCGUGUGGACAGAGGUGUGUACGUGGGACAUGACGCCCAGCGCAUGAGGGGUGUGUUAACACUUCAUUACCCCAUGAGGAACGGUGCAGUGUCCAACUGGGAUCAGAUGGAGAUGAUUUGGACUCAUGCCUUUGAGCAGUUGCGUGUGUGUAGUGAGGAUCACCCCGUGUUGCUGACUGAGGGAGUGAUGACCACGCAGGAGAACCGCCAGCGUUCCAUCCAGCUCCUGUUCGAAUGCUUUAAUGUUCCACUUGCGUAUGUGGCCAUGCAGGCGGUCCUCGCUCUGUACACAAGCGGCCGCGGUGUGGUGUUUGACUCCGGAGACGGUGUGAGUCACAGUGUUCCUGUGUUUGAUGGUUAUUGUUUACCGCACGCUGUUCAGCGCUUUAAUCUAUCAGGACGCGACGUCACGCUGCAUCUCCAACAGUUGCUGACGGAGCAGGGUGUGUGUAUGCGGACGUCAGCAGAAAUGGAGAUCGUGCGUGAGAUGAAGGAACGGUGCUGCUGUGUGGCUUUGAACGAUGAGGUGGAGCUUAGCGAAGGGGGUGGAGCCUAUACACAGGUGCAUUACACCCUCCCUGACGGACAGGUCGUCUCCUUGGCGACGGAGAGGUUCAGAGCGCCGGAGAUCCUGUUCCGCCCCGAGCUGAUUGGUCAGGAUUAUUAUGGGAUGCACGAGAGCGUUUUCAAGUCGGUUCUUCGGUCGGACGUCGACCUGCGCAGGGAGCUGGUGGAGAACAUCAUCCUGUCGGGUGGGAACACGCUGCUGUCUGGACUUCCAGACCGUCUGCAGCAGGAGAUCAGCCGCCUGGCUCCUGCAGGUCUGGGUGAGAAGGUGAAGGUCACAAGUCCUCCAGAUCGAGAUUUCUCUGUGUGGAGAGGAGGAGCUAUUCUCGCCAGCAUGCCGACCUUCUCCUCCGCCUGGAUCAGCCAGGAUGAGUACGAGGAGUUUGGACCUCAGAUUGUCUUCAGGAAGUGCUUCUGAGCUGGUUCUGCAGGAGCUUUUAGCAUGAGGAACUUCCGGAGGAGCUUCUGAUUGGGGAAAUGAUUUCACACACUUUUGAGGGACGUGAAGGAGAUUUCUGAUGCAGAUGGUCUUCAGGAGGGCAUGUCUGGAAGGAGAUUUCACUGUGAGGAACCUCUUGUGAGAGGUCCUUCCUGAAUAAUUUUGCUUCAAGGUAUCUCUGGAGGCUUUUCUUUUCUCAUCAUAAGGAAUCUGGAAGGUGCAUGUUCUUAUGAAAUGGAGACUGUGAGGAACACAUUCCUCCUGUCCCUGCCUCACUCUUCUUUAACAUGUGCUUUGGAGUAAGGAGUUAAAGUGUGUAGACCUUCUCCACAACACUCCUGAACACACUUCACACCACCUUCUUGAGGAAGUGCCCUUACUAAUCACAUCAACUCCUGAUUACCUUCAGAGUUUGACUCUACGCCCUGUAAACCAUCAGGAGCUUGUGGAUCUCGCAGGUGUUUCUCCUGCACGCUCUGAAGAUCCCUCGGUUUUUAUGUUUUUAUAUUUCACUUCUCCAGAACAUCUUAUAAAUAUCAUAUAAAUAUAAAUAAUAAAGGUUGAAGGUGUGAGGAACAUUAGUGAGAAGAAGCUGGAAGUGUUUGUGUGCUGGUGGUGCUGUAUAGGAUUCUGGGUAAUGGCCCCAAUCUGUGAAUGAGAUGAAGGAUGGUGUUUAGAGAUGUUCCUGCGUACACACACACACACACACGUGCACUAAUGUGUGCGUGUGUGUGUGUUUGGGUUGAUCAGAUGGUGGAGGUGUGUGUCGUGAUGUGACUCAGGACUGGUUCUGUACGGUGACUAGCCGAUUAGCUAGCAUGACCUCCCCGUGACCUUUGAUGACAUUGUGUUGCUGAGAUGUUUUAACGUUUUGCUGUUGAUGGUUAUUUUCACUGUGUGUGUGUGUGUGUGUGUGUGUGUGUGUGUGUGUGUGUGUGUAAAAUAUUCACCAGGGUUGAAGUGUGAGGUGUGAUGAAGUAAUGUGACUGCAAUGUUCACCAGAGGACGAUGGUCAGAGGUCAAAGUAGAGCGAAUCAUCUCCUUCACCAGAUGUUUUAUUUUUCCUGUUCAGAAUCCGAACUGCUCACCGCCGUGUCUGUGUUUCUGCAAUCAUGAUUUUAAAUAAUAAAUAUUUUAAUCCUAAA